CAACGCCUUUGUGUUUGCCGCCAACCCCUUCCUCCGCGCCGCCGCUUUCACGAGCACCGGAGCACACAGCAGUUUCAUGUGGUGGGGUUUCAAAGACGGCGCGAAAGACGGCAACACCAGCGAGCCGCGAGCGGCAGCAGGAGCAGCCCCCUCGCAGCAGGCUGCUGCCCCAUCUCCCAGAGGGUCCCUCCCUGGAUUCUCGUCAGCGACCCCAGCAGAAACCACUUCCUCUGCGGCCGCCGUGCCGACUCCCAGUGGCGCCGUGACGCCUGCCAGCCCCCCCCCCACCGCCGCACCGGGCCCGCCCCCGGCGGCGGCGGUCGCGGCUCCAGUAGCAGGUGCGGCCGUCACGUCGGCGGCCCCGACGGUGACGAGCGAGCCUUUCGCUCCUCCUCCUGCUGCCGCGCCGGCAGCUCCCACCGCGGUGGCUCCCCCCGCACAGCAGCCGCUUAGCGUACCUGCCCCAUCCCUCCCGCAGCAGACCCCAACGCCUGCCGCCGCUUCGCAGCCUGUUGCCGCCGCCGCCGCCGCCGCCGCCGCCGCUGCCGCGGCGGCAGCAGUAGCUUCCGCGCCCCCGCCGGCACCGAUGUCGGCGCCGGUGGCGGCGCCGCAGGCAGCGCCGCCUGCGGCACCGCCGGCAGGGUUCAGCUUGCCCGUGGCACCUCCACCGGCCGCCAAGCCCGGCCCUUCGGUUGCAGUGCUGCAGGCGGCGGCGGCUCAAGCCGCGGCGGCUGCCUCGGCGGCCGCGAACGCGGCGCUCCGAGCCAACCAGAAACACACCAAGCCAGGAGCGAGGCGGUACUCCUCCUCCGGAUCCGCCGGCGGCGCGGGAAUGCCCGCGUCCUCGAAGGAAACCGGGAUCGAUAUCCAUAGAGCGGCCGACCGCGGCACCUUCCGGGAUGUGUGCAAGUACGUGGAAAUCGGGGGCGACGUGAACGCUCGCGACAAGUCGCAGUGGACACCCCUUCAUCGCUGCGCCCGCAAAGGGCACACCGACGCCUGCAAAUUCCUGCUCCAGCACGGCGCAGACGUGACCCUCAAGACGAUGGAGUUGUGGACGCCCCUGCACUGCGCGUGCGUCGGGGGCCAUCCGGCGGUGGUAAAAGAGUUGGUGAGCGCAACGCCGUCCCCGGCCCUGCAGUCGAAGACACGCCUCGGGCAGACGCCUCUCUACCUGGCCGCGUACUGGGGGCAUCUUCACUCGGUGCGGGAGCUGCUGGCCGCCGGCGCUGACACAACUCUGAAGGAUGCCCACGGGAGGGCUCCGGGAGAAGACUUCCACGAGACGGUGGCAACACCGCUCAAGGUUGCCGUUGGCGCCGCUCUCAGGGCGGCGAAUCCGAUCGUGACUUCAGCCCCCUCCGUUAGCCAGGACGAGGUGGGGGAACUCAAGCGGCGCGUGAAGAAGCUGGAGGACGCCGUGGCUGCCCUCCAAGCGGAGCGAUUUGGGGCGAACGCGGCGUUGCUUGGCCCCGCCCCUACCGACCCCCUCUCCAACCCAAUGGCUGCCCUGGCCCCGCCGGCUACCGUUUCUGCUGUCACGGCGGCCGGUCUAGUGGCCCCCGCGCCCGCCAACGGCGGUCUCCUGACCGGUGCCGAGGACGCCAAGCGCCGCAAGGUCUAGCCAGAUUCCUGAGACGGGGGGGGGGAGGAAAAUUUUUCGAGAGAAGCCUGGCCGCGAAAGGGUGGUAGUAGACAGGCGCGCGCGGAGAGGUCAGGCGCCGCUAUAUGUAGAGAGGGCAGAUGGGAUAAAAAAACCGUGGGGGGCGAGGGGGAGAGAGAUAUGAGAGGCUGUGUUCUGUGUUCUGUUCGCUGACGGGGUGGGUGGGUGGGUAGGGGGCUGAGUUGCGCGAGAGCGCUCCAGCGUGCGCAUUUGAUGCACUCAUGGUAUUACUCGUUGCCACGCAUGCUUUUUGGCCGCGGUGAUGAAAGACUUGCUUUUGAGAGGUCCAACCUAGGCACACGCUCGCAGUUUGGUCGAAGGCCGCAAGAGAACUGCUUGGAGGCGAAAAAGACAGGGAGGUGGCAGCAUUGAGAUUCCCAAGUACUUCGUGAACUGGGAUGCGGGCGAGACUGCGGUUUUUUUUUGCGUUUGCGUUUGCGUUUGCGGGCAUGGCGUGAUUGCGAGGGGCUCGCAAGUUCGUGCCCCCGGAUGGAGGCCUUGUGUAUCUUGUUGGUCGUCACGUCACUGCGGACCGUGCCCGCCAGCACCUCUAGUUUUGGUUCAGUGGCGGACGUCAUUUUUGCGGGCGUUCAUGAGCAACAGCCGGUUUGCUGUGUUUGGUGUAGUCCCGUUUUUUUUUUUCCCCGCAGAAUUAUUUUGAUGGAUUCAGAUCGAUCUAUCCAGGCAAUAGAUAGAGAGUAUCACGCGCGGGGUCCACCAUGUUGCAGUUGUCUGCUUCUCGCGCCGGUGUGAGCGUUUCGUGCGGGCACCGUUGGGAUAUGUUAGUAUUUUAUCUGUUGGUGUGUAACGGCCAAGCAAACCAACAGGCACGCAAGUACAUGUAUGUUUUAAUGUGCUAUGUACACCCCGCCGCUGCUGCUGCUGUGGCGUCGGUGCUUUUUUUUCCAAAGCCGCCUUCACGCUUUUUGUCGCCUUUUUUUGUUAUCUUUUGGUGUGGAGGGCGCCGCCUAGUGCCGUGCCUCCUGCAUGACGCCUGUGCGCUGGCGGCGUGCUUUUGUGGCUUCUGCCAUAUGAUGCCAUGUGGUUGAAGCCUACACCUAUUCCGAGCUUGCGGACGCGAGGCACGAGUGAUACGUUGAGCCCGUGUCCAUGUCUUUUUAGCCGGCAGGGCAACCUCCUUGGCGUAAAUGAGUACACUCGAGAGAAGGGUGGGAGAACCAUUCUCGUGCUAUCCAAAAUGAAGGUAGGUUGCAACGGAGAGGGAACCCAUUUGGUGUGACCCCAGGGGUCGGAGCCGUCCGUCAAACCGUCGGUCAAAUUAGGCAAGAAACUGUUCACGAACGACAGCUCUAAUAUUGAUGAGACAACGAAAGAAGCCUAACGACUCCCAACACAACCACCCGCU